AUGGUAACCAUGUUAAGAUCCACCAGUUCCCGUUGGGAAGAAAGGAAAGCUCAGUUUGUAGCUUACCUGGAUCUUAAGGGAGUACAAGAUACAAACGAAAAACACAAAGCAUUAGUAUGCUUUGGAGGACCAGAUGUCAGAAAAAUAGCCAAAAAUAUAGUGGGUGACGGUGCGCUGGAAGAUCCAUAUCAAGUGGCAAUGCAAGCUCUUGAUGAUUUUUAUUCGCCACGCAUGUCAUUACACUACGAGAGGUUCAAGUUCCGACAACUAACAUUCAAUCCAAAAGAAAAAGUAGAUCAGUUUGUGCUGCGCUUGAAAUCUCAGGCAGAAGUGUGUAGUUUCGACAAUCAAUUGAACAACAUGAUUAUGGACCAAAUUGUUUUUGCUACACAAACCGAUAAGUUGAGGGCAAAGUACUUGGAACGAGACACUACUCUGGACGAGAUGCUGCAAAUUGGACGUACAUAUGAGACAGUCAAUAAGCAGGUUCAAGAAUUCGGUUUCAAAUCAGCUGACGGAGCUGAGAUCAACGCGCUGCAGAAAACCGGAAAUAAGUUCAAAGGCAAUUUAUCGUGUUCCAGGUGUAUGGGAAACCAUCUUUCACCAGAUUCGGAAUGUCCAGCUAGAUCAUCACGUUGCAAUAGAUGUACUAAAUUGGGCCAUUUCGCACGCUGUUGCCGGGGUAUAAAGAAGACAUUUCAACAGUCUAAACCGUUUACAAACAACAAACGAAUUCAGAAACCUAUCGAUCGACGUAAUCAUGGAAACCUUGGAGAUCAAAAGCCUAAGUUUGUAAGGGAAGUCGACGACGUUACCAAGAAUUUAGAGAUUCGAGAGCUCUCUAUCUAA